AUGAUGAUUCAGCCAACUCGAGUCUUGCCCUCCAAUGCCUCUCCUCUGCGUGACGCUGAUAGUCUUCAUGGCCCGAGGGUGUUGCAAGAACACUCUGGCAAUCGCCAAUACCACAACUACUCAUACACUGAGCAUUCACAACCGAAAUAUCCUCCGAGCCUGUCGACGGAGAACAGCUACAUCGGACAUCAGCCACUACAUCACGAAGCUCACUAUUACCAACAACACCCCGCACAACGCUACCAUGGUGGAAGUAGACGGUCCCGGCCUCCCACGCGCGAAGAGCAGGAUGCAUGGAUGCGAAAGUGUCUCAAGGAGGCGGACGUCCUCUACGCACGCUUCAGGGCUUCCGAUGGCUACGCGAAAUAUCGUCAGCGUCAACAGAGGGAAGAGAAGCCGGGCACGGAACAGAAAUGGCCAGAGCACCUCGAGGUAGCUUUCUUCCAAGCGUUGGCCAUCUUCCCACCUAUGGGUCGCAACAAGCAAAGCCACAGAGACAAGCUACGAGGCCGCAAUGAACUAAUCUCAGACUACAUCUACCAAGAGACACGAGUUUUACGCACCCGCAAGCAAGUCUCCAGUCAUAUUCAGGUCUUGAAGCCAUUCACCAGAGGUGAUCCGGCCAUCACGAAGUACUUUGUAAAACAAAGAGGCCACGGCGAUCACUACGGUGGCAGCAGAUCGUCUCACGUCGAUCGAAGGCACACUUCAAGAUACCCAGUCAAUGCACCGCCUCACGACAUGUGCAACGGUCGGUUUCCGAUGCCGCGGGUCGACACACGAGACUGGUCCAGCUCUCACAUCCCGCUCGGGACAUUUGAGCCCUUGAGCUUUGAGAUGUUCGUUCAGCAGAAGUUCGUGCAGGACCACGACAAACCGGACAUUGUGAAACGUCUACACACGUAUACCGCAUCGACCCAUCAUCCGUGUCUGGCAGAUGAGCACUUCAGAGACUGGCCCACUCUGGGCUAUACAUACCCACAGCUCGCCAAGAUGCAUGCGAGGCGGCCGUUGAAUUGCAACCUCGUUGCUGCGCAAGCGUCGAUUGCGCUGACGACUGACACCUGGAAGGACCAGGAAAACGUCGAGCUGGGAAUAUCGUUCUCGUGUCGAGGUCAGCAACUACCAGCAGGUGCGGCGGUCACUUGCCUGAAUCGGUUCUACAAGGACGGCAUCUGCUUCAGCGACAGCGGUGUACCCGAUGAUGUCGUGCUCCAUGAAACCGAGCAUGGGCAAGUAGAGGCCCAGGUCAAGUUUGGCAGCCAAUUUUGGGCCAGCAGUCUUGCCAGUCUAGCCAAUCGUUUGCGCCACGGCACAGAUCCGAUGACAGGCAUUUCCAACACCCGGGAAGAAGUUCGACGACUGGUCGACGGCAUCACAGCGACUCAAGAGAUCGUUGCCCACACCGACCAUGGAGCUGAGACUUUACUGGUGAUCUUCUGGAAAUUCAGACUCUCUAGCGGAGUGCAAGGACAAGCGUCCUGGCACAGGCUUCAACUAUCCUCAACGCCAGGUGUACAUUGCGACGAGUACUCACAAGAUCACACCCUCGACUCCUUCGCGUCCACGCUCCCAUACGAUGACCCCUCCAACUCUCAUCAUGUCCAUCCUGCCCUCCAGUCACCUUUCGAAUAUGACCAAGACAGCAGUUCCGGCGGCUCCGCCCUCACCUCAGCCACCUGGCCCAUCUCCUUCUCCGAUACCCUUGAGACAGCUCCCCCCAGCGCCGUCGACUUCUCCACCGACAACAGUCUCGACUUCACCGGCGGCAACAUCAACGUCUCGUACGGCGAUACGAACUUCGACUUCAGUAACUUCGAUAGCUCGGCCUUCAAUCUCGAUGCCACAACGUCGUUCGUGACGGAAUCGAUGAUCGAUCCUUUCUCGCAGCAUGACUACUCGACACAGUACUGCGAUAGCUACGCACCGUCGUACGAUACUUCGCAGCCAAUCAGUGCGGGCGAUGCCAGUUUUGCGAUGACGGCGAUCGACUCUCUGUCGCAGAAUGUUUUCGAGGGCUUCGGCGAGCCUUACAAUCAGGAUGCUCAUGAUGCGCAAGCAUAUGGAGGCGCUGGACAGGAUGUCAUUAAGGAGGAAGACCCGCUGGCGGCGCUGGCGGACGCUUCGUACAUGGUCAGUGGAGUACUGACGCAGGAGGAUCGUCAGACGCAUGAAUGUGUUGAGAGGUUACGGGAGUGA